GUAGUAGCCACAAAUUGAAACAGUUUCUGUCAAAUUUUUCGCGAGAGAAAAUCGAAUGAAAUUUUUUGGUUGAUAUAAAUGUGAAAAAAGUAGGAAAAAGGUGUGUUUUUUGUGUACAUAGAAAAGCCCAUUCGUGUCGAGAUGAAUGUGAAAAUGCCGGAUUUCAAUGUGAAGAAGUUGGUGAAGGAGGCAGGGAGUACACUAUCCCGUGUUGUACAGUUGACGGAAGAGAAACUGGGCACGUCUGAGAAGACAGAAUUUGAUUCACAUUUUGAGAAUCUGUACGAGAGGGCAGAAUGCACAAAAGUAUGGACGGAGAAGUUGGUGAGAAAUACCGAGGCUGUCCUCAUCCCAAAUCCUGGCAAUCGCGUUGAGGAUUUCAUCUUUGAGAAGAUCGAGAAGAAGAAGCCCAAUCGUCUGAGUAAUUUGGAGUACCUCGGCCUUGACAUGAUUGAAGCGGGAGGAGAAUUUGGCCAGGAUGGAGCAUACGGCAGUACCCUGAUCAAAGUGGGUCAGGCAGAACAGAAGCUGGGACAGUGUGAGCGUGAUUUUAUCGGAUCAGCCGGAAUGUGCUACACACAGCCUCUGAAAAAGUUCCUCGAAGGUGAAAUGAAAACCAUCAUCAAGGAGAAGGGUAUCCUUGAAACCAAAAGAUUGGAUCUCGAUGCGUGCAAGAAUCGCGUGAGGAAGGCCAGAAGUAUGCUGGGACAGCAAACGAAAGAUGGAAUUCCACCAGAGGUGACUCUGGAGCAGGCUGAGCGUGACCUCCGAAUAGCACAGUCAGAGUUCGAUCGCCAGGGUGAAAUUACAAAGUUACUCCUUGAGGGCAUAAGCACAUCACAGUCUAGUCAUUUGCGUCAUCUGCACUCCUUCGUGGAGGUUCAAGUGCGCUAUUUCAAUCAGUGUGUGGAAAUUAUGAAUGGACUCCAGCGAGAAUUGGCCAGUUUGGGAGGCCCCAAUCCGUACGUUCCCGUUGGACUUCCUGAUGAUAAAACCAACAACGAUGCAAACGGUAGCGAUGUGGGUGGAAGUAACAUGAAAAGGGCUCGUGUCCUGUGUUCUUAUGAUGCCAGCGGUAGUACAGAGCUCAAUCUGACAGCGAAUGAGGUGAUAUUUGUGUCAGAAUGCAAUCCACCGAAUCCCGACUAUAUGUACGGGAAACAAGGCUUGCUCAAAGGACUCGUUCCACGGGCUUUUCUCGAGAUGCUCGACGAUUGAGCGGAAUGUUUCUUUUAUUAUUCUGCUGGCAGAAAUUUUAUGUUGAUUCUGGCAGAGGACAAAAGACACAUUAACAAUGUGGAAGGACAAAUAAUUUAUUCACUAUACAAUUAACGAUAUAAUAAUAUUUACUUAUAUUUAGAGAUGAUUGAAGAAAAAAAUUAAACAAAAGAGAAAGAAGCAUGCAAAAAAAACACUGUCAGGUGUAAUGUGAGAUGAUUUAGUAAAUAAUUUAACGAAAAUAAUAUCAAACAACAUUUACUUAAAGAGAAAAAGAACACAACGCAAUACUCCUUUGAAUAGACUCACAAAAUAUAAAUAUUUUAAUUGAAUCAUAAUAUUCUUAUGCAAUUAAUUGAUAUCAGAAAAACAUCUUGAAAAUAUUUUAGAAUUUUAUUUAAAUAACCAUUUUCUUAUUUGAACACCUUGAAAUAACAAUAACCAGGGUGAGAAUUUAUAUAGCAAUAGACUUAUUUUUUGAAUUAAAUCUCUCCUGAGAGAUUCCAUCAAUUAAACUGUGUAAUAAUUCCAUGACAAAGUGGAAAUAAUUUAAUUGUGUUACUCGAAAAAUCACUGAGGAUUAAAUUUCAUUUUUUUUUCGUAAGUUGUCAAUUGAAAAUAGCCAUGAAAACUUAGAAUUAGGGGAAAGUGGGGCACAUUUGAAUUAAGGCACUGUUGAAUGUAAUUCAGCUUCGUAAUUGGUUCAGUUCAAUUUAAAAAUAGGAUAAAAACCCCUUUUUUAAAAGUGCCCCAAUUCAAAUAUGUCGCACUUCCCCUACUGUUUAGCUGCUUUAUUUUAAUUGAAAAAUUUAUUUAAAAUCACUACGAUUUAAAUUUGAUAUCGUAUAAAUUGAAUUUUUUCAAGGCAAAAUGGGUAAGUCUAACGGCGUUAUCACACUUGCACAUUAAAAUUUUAAUGUGAUUCACAAAUAUGUUAUUUGUGUCUUUGAGUCACUUAAUAUUUGGGGUUUUUCUAUUUAAUGAUAAAGAAGUGGACUUGGCCUGCAAAAAUAAGUUUAAAUUUACCUAAAGCAUAAAUAUUUUUCACAUUAAAAGAUUAAAGAGAAAAUCGCAUUAAUUUUUCGCAUUAAUGCUAUAAAUCAAUUUAUAUCAAAUUUUGCGGGCCAAGUCUACCUUUUUAUCAACAAAUAGAUCAAAUUUUGAAUAUAAAAUGAUUCAAACACAAAUUACACAUUUGGACUUUCACCAGCGACAAUUAAUGUGAAUCAUAUUAAAAUUUUAAUGUGCAAGUGUGAUAACACAGUAAAGCAAUUCUGAGAUAAAUAUUUAAGUCUUUAAAUGGAUUUUUAAAGACUGAUUCGUAUUCUUCGCUAAAGAUCUUUAAUUUUAAAAUGUCAAAGUUCUCAAAGUUUUUAACUGAAAGGCAUCAAACUUCACAAUAACGAAGUGAAAUGGAAAUGUCACACUUUCUUCAAGAUUUCUUUCAUUUGAAAGAUGAAGAUGAUCAAGAUGACAUUUUUAGUCUGUAAAUAUUGGAUAUUAUCCUACAAUUUCUGAGAUAAAUAUUUAAUUAAAUGGUAAAUCCUAAUCUUUGGCAACUGAAUGGGUCAAGUGGUUAAACACUCGCUCUAUGAAGCGAGUGUCUUGGGUUCGAAUCCCCUUUAGAUCACUAGGAAUUUUUCUGGCGAAAAAUAUGUUUGGAUUACAUCCAUUGUACUUGAUUCCACGGGGCAUAGGACUGAUAACCUCAUCCUGUAUGAGAAAAAAAUAAUACUGCAUGUCUAGAAAUUCCUUUGCGGGAAGGCCGAGUUCCUGUACGAAAUGUUAUUCCAGAAUCAUACUGGACUAAUUUUUUCAUACGUUUUUGCAUAGAGACACUGAAGAGUAUUGGCAAGUUUUUUCCUAAAGAGAAUUGACUUAUCAGUUUAAUAUAUUUCGAAAUCAUGCAUUAAAAGCUAUCUAAAAAUACAUAUUUCAUAAUGUUCGCCGAAAUAAUACAAGAACUACGAGCAAAUUUGUUUAAGUCGCGGUACAAUAUCUGCAAAAUUUUUAAAAGGAAAAGUGAAAAAUAUCUUCACUUUUUAUUAGGCUUGAUGGGCCCCUGUCCAGAAUUAUUAUUAUUAUUGUUAUUAUUAUAAAUUCUUUAACUUAGCUUCUCGAACAAGGGGGGGAUCUUUACAUUUUACGCCCGGACGUCUUUUAACGACAAGCCACACAGUCGGGGAGGGUUAGGAAAGUGGAAUGCAGAUAGUAGAAAGUCGUAGGCCAGUGAAACACUACUGAGAAUCGAACCCUAGUCACUUCGUGUAGAAGUUCCCCGGACCGACGACUUAACACCUUUGACCACGAAUGCUUUAGCCUCUGAAGGCUGAUUUAUUUUUUCCAAUAAAGUUAUUUAAUGUAGGAAAUAGGAAGAUAAAACCCACUCCGGUUGCAUCAGGGUUAUUCCACCUUUCAGGAUAGGAUAAAACACGUAUAUUUUGGCCAAAGCUUUCGGCGCUACAACGCACCUUCCCAGUCGUAAAAAUCAUGAUAAUGUCUCUGAAAUUUGUCUCUUUAACUCCUCCGCUCCUAAUGAGAAUACACCGGUUCAGGAUUUUGCUUAAUUUAAGAUUUUAUUUCAGUUCAGGUAUAAUGUUUUAGCUAAAAACAAUAUUAAAAGUUUGAUAUUUUAAAAUUAAAAAUCUGAAUCGGAAUAAUACGAAUAAACUUUUAAAAUAUAUUUAAAAGUUUAAAAGAAUUUAAAAAAAAAAAUGGAUCAGAAUUGAAGAAAAAAUUACCUUAAAACCCAGUGGAGUGACAUUAGCUCUGAAAAAUGCGACCGGUUUUAGUGUAAUUUUUUCCCUGUUUUCGUACACAUUUCACGAGAUAUCUUGAAAACGGCAUUGAAUAAAUGAGCAGUAAAAAGUUAAAAUUGAUCAGUAACAAAAAAUUUUGAAACAGUGAUAUUAUCGUCCAAAUUUUGGCAAAGGGAAAAUAAAGGGCUUUUCACUCUAUAUGGAACUAUUUUAAAUGUUAAAUAUAUAAAAUAGACCCAUUUUUGUAAAGAUUUAAGUUUUUUACUGACCAUAAUCAGAUAUUUUACUGCUCAUUUUUAAUUUUUUACUGCCCAUUUUGAAUUUUUUACUGCUCGUUUGUUUUUUGCCCUUGAAAACUACCAAUUUAGGAUUUUCGGUUGCCUGUUCGUUAUUAAAUUUGCUUUUAUUUUGUAUUAGUAUUUUUUGCUAAUUCAUUCUACAAUGACAGAAAACAGCUAAUAAACUCAAAAGUUUUUCCGGUUCGCUAGAAACAUAUGUGAAACAUAGGAAAUGUCAUGUCCCUGUUAAAACCCGUUAAUAUGCAUUUGAUGAAAAAAUGUUGUGCCAAAAUGUUGAACUGUACGAAACUGCCCCCGAAAUCAACAGGCUACCUUUGAGAUUGCAAGAGAUGACUGGUUCCUUCAAUAGUUCAAAAAAUUAUUGAAAGUUACAUUGUUUUAUGGGAUUUAUCAUUGGGUUUGUGGUUUUCAAAGAAACUCUAAUUUUCUUACUAGGGUUGGGGUACAUUGGGACGAUUUAAGAUACAAACUGAAGGCGGUAUUACGAAUUAUUACUUGAAUAAUAAAUUGACGCAGGUAUUAUGAGAGUAAUAUGGGCAUAACCUAGACUAGAUUUUUUCUCAGAAGAAUCGACUCCACUACAAAAAAGCUAAACAAUUUAUAUGACAAUUUUUUUUCUUUGAACAUUUUGUUAAAGAUUUGUUAAAUUGGUUCUAACCAAUUAAUUUAUUUAAAAAGACGUGAUUAAUAGAAGAAUCAAGCUGCAACUUGGAGCUGAUUUAGUUGUCAGAGGAAAUGCAUCUCUUCGUGGCAUUCCUCAACACCAAUUGCAAGAGCUAUACAAAAGAAUUUGCUUACUAAUAAAAUAUUGCAAUUUUGAUAUAACUGGGCUCGCGAUAAUAGUACUAUAUUCAGUUUUAUUAUCUCCAGAGACCUUAAACCUUUUGCUAAAAGAGUUGUUUUGUUAGGAGAGAAAGGCCGUUAAAUACAAUUCUUUUAGUAUAAUUGAAGGAUAUUGAACGAUUUAAGAGGGAAAUCUGAAAAAUUUCAGUGGAAAUGAAGAGAUACGGAUAUGAUUUGUUAAAGGAAAUUCUUUUCUAAGUCCUAUCCAAAUCGUUUUCUCUAUCUGUGAGAAAAGCUCUUUUUAAGCUAAUUUUAGAAAAAACACACAAAAGACUGCAAAUCGUUUGACCAAUGCAAACAACAAGCGGCGAGACAUGAUAAUAACGUUUCUUUUCGUCGUGAGACAUCAGAAAUUGCUUCGGUUUUUCUCACUUUUUGCUCCAUACGUUUUGUUACUUUUUACCCCAAGUGGCCAUUUUUAAUAAAAGGAAUUUCUGGAGAAAAUUUCUUCUAAAAUAGAUAGCGGCUUCGUAUUCAAAGAAUCUAAAUCAUUUAGGCAAUAAUCACCAGUGCGUCAAUUUUGGAAAAUAAAAUAGGUAAUUUAUUGUAAGGACAUUAUUUCAAAAACGACUAAAAAUUUCAAAAUUUUUUAUUUUCUAAAUUCCUUUCUAAAAUCCUCUAAAUUCUAAAAAAAAAUCUAAAGUUCGAAUUCUAAAAGAAACUUACGACAUUGAAGAAGGUCAACGGAGGCUAUCUGUGGAAAAAAUUUUAAGUUGCUAUCUUUUUUUAUCUUUGAUGAUAUUGAAUUUUUAAAUUUUCGAUUUGUGACUUUUUGCCCCAGUCUCCUCUAAUGAUCAGUAGGGGACUUUUUUGAGAGAAAAAUUUCCAAUUAAAAUAUUCUCAUUCAAUUUGGACUAAAAUCGGCGAUUUCACAUAAAAAUCAGUGCUUUUUAUAAUAGACUCUUUCAAGUCCUCAGUGAUUUUUUGUUAAAUAAAUAAAACAAAAAACAGAAAUAUUCAAUUAAAAUUUUACUACUCGAACUCUACCGAGAGAUUUAUAAGCUCAAAUACCAAAAUUAUCACAUAUGAAAAUGCUGCCCUCCCUAAAAAGAAAUGUUUUUACCAUCAAUUAAUCUCACUUUUUUAUAUAUAUUUCUAUUUUUUUUUAAUUUUUGCAUUGCAAUGCAAUUACACUGCCGACCAAGAUUAGGAUCUCAUUAAUCAUUUUUUUUAUUUUCUUAUUAAGGGUUUAUUUCCUUGGAAAAUUAACCUUAUAAUUUUUGAUGUCUUUGGUCAGCGUUAAUGAAGAUAAUUAAAACAAAAAAAAAGUCAAAAGUAGUGUUGCAUGAAAUGCUGUUGUUAUGACCGGCGCACAAUAACUUUUGUUUGUAAACAUGUUUUUAAAAUUUCCCAUGAGAAUGAGCGAGAUGACUAGAUCUAGAUCUCAUUCACUCUCAUUAAAAUGUCAAAAACAUGUUUACGAAACAAAAGUUAUUGUGCGUUCGGCAUUAAUCUCAAUAGUAUUUUUUUUAUUAUUAUUGAGAAAUAUAUUACAAUAAAAAAUAUGUUGUAGUAAAAGAAAAAGAUAAAGAGAGAGAAAAGCUGUAAUUCCUUUGGAAAUGCUGUGGUAUUUAUUUAUGUUUCUUCUUUGUAUUGUUUUAAAAGAUUUCUUUUGUAAAUUGUUUCUUGUUACAAAAAAAAUAUAUAAAGAAGAAAAUUAAAAAAAAACUCAAGAUUAUUGUGAAAAAAAAGACAAUUUAAAUCAAUUGUAUACAUUGUAAAAGAUAAACCAAUUUAUUAAAUUCUUAUUAAGCUUCUAUGUAAACAAAAAUUCCUUGAUGAACUCUUUGAAGAAAAACAAAUGUAUCAAAAAUUUAUUCAAUUUAUCCAUGUCUCAAUUUAUUCAGUGAAGAAGAAAAAAAACUCUCGAAAAUAACCUCUUUAAUGUCAUUAAUGUCUUUAAUCUAAUUAACUUAAUGAACAUUCUUCCAUUGUAAUUGUUAAAGUGAAAAAAAAGAAGAAAGAAUGAAUCUAUUUAAAACACUUAAUGACUACGUAAGUGAACACAUUUUAAACAAUUCAUUAAAUAAUUAUAUAUUGAAUAGUUAAAAAAAAAUAUUUAAAGGACGAGAAUAAUUGCUAACAAAAGGAAGUUAAAUUGAAGGGAUAGUUGUUGAAUUAUACUUUAUAUAUAGCUUCUGUCGCCAUGUAUGUUGUUUGUCAAUUAUUCGAGAAAAAGAAACACUACAAAAAUUACACACUAAAAACGAGAUUCUUGGAGCAAAGAAAAAAAUCUACAAUUUAGAAAUUAUUGAAGACAGUGCAAAGACCGCUUCGUUCAAUUGUUGAGAGUGCCUCAUAGAGUGGCAAUAAGCAAAUUAAAACAAAAUAAACCUAAAACAUCGCAGUUCUGGAACAAAAAGAUUUUAGAACAUUUAUCAUCACGUUAAAAUUUAGAUUCAUUAUGGAACAAUAUUAUACUCCGUGUAGUUACAGCCCUGCCGAAAUGAUAAAGAAGGAUAAUUAUUAAAAGAGAAAAUACGAAUCUUUCAAUUUCAUUUUAUUCAUGAAAUGAAGAAAUAAAAACAAACAAUAAAUUUGUGAUGUGUUUAAAAUA